GCUAGAACACUACUACCCUUCGGCCGUAGAGUGAUCCAUGCGAGAACCCUAUAAAUGGCAUCGCUGCUGAGUGCAGGCCACCACACCGUGUGGAGUGUUUCUUACGCGGCGAGAAACAAGGAGAAGAGGUGGCCGCCACUGAGAACCCCCACAAAGAUCAGUGGGCGUCUGGCUUUGUCAUCGGUCUUAAAACGUUUUGGGUGAAUCGAUCGGGGGCACUCCGUGUUUCUUGAAGAGCCGGCGACAUCGUUUCCGUUUCGACCGACUGACAGUGAAGGACAGGGAGGAGCCACAAUGGCGUACGGUCGGCAGGUCGUGAUCUUGAUGGUUAUUGCUACGUUGGCGCUGGCUUUCAAUGCCAAGCCGGCUGAGGGCUGUGUCGGGUAUGUGGGCGGCGACUGCUUCCCGUUCAUCGGGCCCAACGCAUGCUGCAACUGCGACGCCGGCGGAUACGCACUCUAUUGCGAGCCAUACACCUUCGGCCAGGGAGCGUUCAAAUGCCAACACGUGGCCUUCGACAGCCGGUGUGUCACCGAAGCUGACGUGGCUCUCAUCCGCACCCAGUCGGGGAGUGAGCGCAGGCUCAUGUUCUAGGCAAUGCCAGUCCUCAUGCUACGAGCUAUUAUUGUCACUGCCGAUGCCGAUGGCUUUGCCAGUCCUCAUGUUCAGCAUUCAAAGCAGACUUUAAGUCAGCGACGAGGUACUAAUAUGAGAUCACAAGGAAAGUAAUUACUGUAGAGAGACUGAGAGAGACUGCAUCAUCUGGGUCACCAUAUAAAAUAUUUCGUAGUUGACCUUCCAAGCUGUGUACGUGGCUGCGUAGUAUCAUGCAGACGAAGUCGGCAGUCCUUUCUGACAAUGUUACUCUUAAUAAGUCCUCUGCUAUCCUUUUCUCCUCCCCUUCCUCCUUCUCCUCCUUUCUCUCCUCCUCCUCCUCCUCCUCCUCCUCCUCCUCCUCCUCCUCCUCCUCCUUUCUCCCCUGCCUCGUGCUCCUCUCCUCUCGUAGCAUGUUCUAAGAUAGAUGUGUUUAAACUCCUCCUGCUACUCUUUUCCACUCGUCCUCGACUCCCCCUCCUCCUCCUCCUCCUCCUCCUCUGCUGGAAAUGCUGUUCUUACUGCCACCGAUUCUUCACCCUUGGGACCUUGGGUACUUGCAUGAGUACUGUUAUUGCUUCUCCUGCUGUGAGACUCUUUUGCGUUAAUUUUUCUGUUCUGGAAGCAAUACAUAUGAAUGGACUCGAGAGAGGAAAGUGUGCUACUCCGCGUGAGGCUUCGCCUCAGAGGGGGAAUGAGUUCUCGAAGAAAGCAGUAGAGAAGUGAGAGACUGCAUCUGCAUUUUCAUAGUUCUCUGGUUCGAGGUGAUUGUGUCACAAGGGACCGAUGGACCCGGUUUCCAGCAGCCUGGGGUGCAGCUCCGCACCUAGAGAAGGGUGCCAUCUCCCAGCGCCAAACCUCAAUUCCAGGGAUGGAUGUUUCUUCGCAAAAUCCCCCCCCGAAAAAAAGGCUCUUUCCGCUCCGGUCUCGUCCUCGCAUCGGCAAGGUCAGGAUGCGGCCGAGCAGUCCAGCGAGGCCACAGACUACGACGACAGAGCUCUGCGCCACCGGGCUAGUCCCCAACAUCGUUCCGAGGGAGGUGCAGGUGCCUUCGAUGAGGAGGAAUGCGAGGGUCAAGAGGGGGAGGAUGGUGGUGAGGAGGACGACGGGGGCAAUGAAGGAGAUGUGGAUUGUGAAGACAAUGACGUGGAUAACGACAGAUACGUUGGUGGUGAGGAAGUCGAAGACAAUCGCUUCUACCAAUGCGAGCGUCGGCGCAACGUCAACGAAACACGGGCUUGUCGUGGGGAUGACGCCUACGAUGUUGGUGAUGCGGGCGACGUUGAUGGUCAGCCUGCAACCUCUCAUGGAGCGUCGCAGUCGCAUAAUCAUUCAAAGGAUGAGAGAAACAAACAUGGCUCACGGGGAAAGAGAAAGAGGGGAGAAGCGUCGAUCUCUCCAAUGAGUCAAACGAAACAAGCGAGGAUUGACGCCGUCAAUGAGGCUCGCGGAGCGUUGACGACAUCCCAGGAAAUGCGGGCUCCUCGGAAAACUGGGUUCAAAGUGGCCUUGGAGAAAAGCGAGUUCUUAUUGUUGGAGAUCUCAUUCUUGGGGUAUAUCGUUACGGUCGACGGACUAAAACCAGAUCCGAGGAAGGUGGCAGCAGUUAAAGACGCCCCGGCGCCGGUCACACUCACCCAGGUUCGGGCUUUUCUAGGGCUGGCAUCCUAUUACCGACGCUUCAUCAAGGGGUUCACCGGCAUAGCGAAGCCCCUCACGAACCUGCUGAAGAAAGAGGAACAGCUGAUCUGGGCAUCGGAAUGUGAAGCGGCGUUUCAGGCGUUGAAGGAGGCUCAUACAUCUGCUCCUGUAUUGGCAUGCCCCGACCCGACAAGACCGUUCGCACUAUACACAGACUGGCAGCCUCAGGCUAUAUCGGCGGUGCUGACUCAGCACGGCAAGGACGGRAGGGRGSACGKCAUUGAGUAUGCGUCCAAGACGCUGAGCCAGGCGCAGGCUAAUUACGAGGCGUGCAAAGGUGAAUGCCUGGCGGUGGUGUGGGGGAUUCAGCACUUCCGACCGUAUCUAUACGGCCAGAAAUUCAUGCUGUUGCCUGGCCAGGAGACGACCCGAGUAUUCAUCGAGUUUCGUGCGCUCCAGGUGGCACCCAACUUCGUGCACAGCGUCGCCACCUUCAUCGGAGACUUGACGGUCCUACCGCAGCAGCAUCAGGAACCGGCGAGCAACUUUGUGCGCGAAUACGCGGUGGAAGCGUCCAGAUCAGUGGCCAGAGUGCAAGGACGGGGGGGACACCGAUUCACAGCCCACGAAGUGCUGCUGCGUAGGGCAGAGGACAGACCGAUUGCGUCGCUUACGGAGGGCCCUUACCCCAUGCGCGAGUUCCCGGAGGAUUUGGUAGAGCUAACUGACGUGGAGCCGCUGCCCUUCGUCAACGAAGACGCGUGGAAGUUGCACCGUGCGCUGUACAAGUCGGUGGCCGUGGGGAUGUUCCGGUUCUUCGUGGAUCACGAAGACCAUGCUAUCGGGGAGCACUUCGUCGUUUACUACGUCAUCACGCGGCCCAAGCCAGCGGAGAAGGAAGGGACGGUGGCGCUGUACCCCUUCGCCCCGCUCCAGACAAUCGAUCCGGGAUUGUUGGAGCUCAUACAUCUUGAGCUCCUCUCCAUUGCGCAAGUGAUCGCGAGCGAGGAGGAGGAGAUCCAACCACGAUUGCGGACGGCGACGACCCCGCGAAGAACAUACAAUGUGGUCGUCAUCCCAGAUUACAUUGCGCAGCGCGCGGAGAGAUUGGAGGACUUCCCGGAGGAAAGGUCGUUGUGUCCUCCCUCGUCGUAUCCUCGACCAGCGCCACCGAAGGCCCCGAAGAAGAUGCCGAAGAGGAAGAGAUGCCACCCGUCGCCAGGAGCGCAAGGCAGCAGGAUCGGCGACGGCGAGGAGGUGGUUCAGCCCGCGCGUACACGGAUUUCUAACCCUGUGCCUGGGAGCGCGGCGACGCUCGUUAAGGAGACUAUCGUGCCAUCGCCGCCCAUUCCGCGUGUGCCCGAUCUCAAUCUUGAUGGAGCCGGGCCAUCAGCAGCAGCAGCAGCUGGAGGAGGAAACCGAAUGGGAUUUCCGGAUCCCAUAUCCAGACCCCCCGUCGUGACCUUGAUGGUUAUUGCUACGCUGGCGAUGGCUUUCAAUGCCAAGCCGGCUGAGGGCUGUGUGGGGUAUGUGGGCGGCGACUGCUUGCCGUUCUUCGGGCCCAACGCAUGCUGCAACUGCGACGCCGGCGGAUACAAACUCUAUUGCGAGCCAUACACCUUCGGCCAGGGGGCGUUCAAAUGCCAACACGUGGCCUUCGACAGCCCGUGUGUCACCGAAGCUGAAGUGGCUCUCAUCCGCACCCAGUCGGGGAGUGAGCGCAGGCUCAUGUUCUAGGCAAUGCCAGUCCUCAUGCUACGAGCUAUUAUUGUCACUGCCGAUGCCGAUGGCUUUGCCAGUCCUCAUGUUCAAGAUUCAAAACAGACUUUAAGUUAGCAACAAGGUGAGGCUCGGCCUCAGAGGGUUUGAGCGGGAGACGUACUCAUAUGAGAUCACAAGGAAAGUAAUUACUGUCAAGAGACUGAGAGAGACUGUGUGCAUCAUCUGGAUCACCAUAUAUAAAAUAUUUCGUAGUUGACCUUCUAAGCUGUGUGCAUGAUGGCUGCGUAGUCGGCACUCCCUUCUGACAAUGUUACUCUUAAG